AUGGCUGUCUAUUCUAAGGACGAAACCCUGAUGUGCAAGGUAUUCCCAUCUAGUUUAGGACCCAUGGCGAUGAGAUGGUUCAACGACCUGAGGACAGAUUCCAUAGGUUCCUUCAAGGAACUUACUCAGGCAUUUGGCUCUCAUUUUAUUACAUGUACUAGGGUCCCUUGGCCCUUGGACUCCUUACUGUCUUUGUCCAUGCGAGAAGGGAAGACCCUAAAAGCAUAUUCGGACAGGUACUGGGAGACGUAUAAUGAGAUAGAUGGUGAAUUUGAUGACGUCACCAUCAGUACCUUCAAGAGUGGCCUCCCAACCGAACAUGGUUUAAGGAAGUCCCUAAUAGGAAAGCCUGUCACCAGCCUACGCCAACUCAUAGACCGUAUUGACAAGUAUAAAAUGGUUGAGGAAGACCAACAAUUGGGUAAAGGAAAGACUAAGGUUAUCCCUCAAGAGAGGAGGGAUUUCAGGUCGGACCGAUUCAAUAACAACCGACCUCGGAGAGAUUUUGCUGGACAAUCGGGAUCUACCAACACCCAGACUGUUAAUGCAGUAUUUCGAGAAUCGGUGCAUCAGGAUCUAGAGAAGAUUAAUAAUGAGCCAUUCUUCAAAUGGCCGAACAAGAUGGCUGGAAACCCUAUGAGACGCAACUAG